GUAUGUCUCGCGUGCUCCUCUUCCUCCUGUACUCCAGUCUCUCCUCCAGUGCAGAGGAGAGAGAGACAAGCACUAGCACUACUCUCUUCUCCCCUUCCCCUACCCCCGCCUACCCCACUGCUCCGCUUCUCCUCACGCCACCACAGGGGGAGCGGAGCCCGCGGCCUGUGCCCUCCGCGCCGCCGCAGUCCAUCCUCCUGGCCAGGCGGGGAGAUCAGAUUGGCGAAGAGGAAGAGGAGGAGGAAGAGCGCCAGUGCCGCCACAGAUGGGGGGUCUGCCCAAGGAGGGGGCCCCGGCGGUGGAUGUCUCCGUGGAGGGGACCCUGGUCUGGUUGCGCCGCCCCAACGGCUCCUGGUGGCCCAGCAUCGUCAUCUCGCCGCAAGACGUCCCCGAAGGCUGCGCCCCGCCGCCGCGCUGCCCCGCCACACCCAUCAUGCUCCUCGGCCGCCGCCCCGACGGACCAACCUACGUCGACUGGUGUAACCUCGACAGGUGCAAGCGCGUCAAGCCCUUCCGCUGCGGGGAGCUCGACUUGGAACAGCGCAUUGCCAACGCCCUCACCCUCGCCGCCACCAGCGACAGGUCCACCUGGAGCUACAACAAGGGAAGGUACGCCCGCAUGGAGGACGCCAUUCUCCAGGCCCUCGACAUAGAGAAGGAGCUCGCUCUCGGCCCGGCAACCAAGGCCUACCUCCAUGCCCGCAGCUGCUCGCCCAGGCCCAAAGUUGAAAUGCCCAACGGACAAGUCAAAGAUACUGCAGCAAAGGAUCAUGCUCCAACCAUCCAGCCACCGCUGCCGCCGCCCAAGAGGAAGCGCAAGACGCCUUAUGACUCCGAGGACGAUGUGCCCGAAGUGUCCCGUCGCAUGAGGGACCUCAGGGACAUCGGAUCCAAGGCGGUCGUCCCAAUGGACUUGGCCAAUGCUGCUGCAGUCUCUGCUCCCAAGUACGAUGAUCUAACUAAUGCUGGGCAGGCCAAAAGAAUUGUGCACUCUCAGGCCACCGCAAAGAGGAAGCAUGCUGGUCUGCAUCAGGACCAACCUUGUGGGAUCCCCAGGAAGAAGGAUAGGUCUCGUCCGCUCUCGGAGCUCUGUAAUGGAGACAUGUGGGGUGGUUCCAGACCAAAUGGCCAGAAGGCCGAUGAACAUUUGUUGGGUGUGGCUACAUGUUCAAGCAGCUCCUCUGGCACUUCAACCUUGGACACUCCAUUGGACAUGAACAACUGUCAUCGCAGCAUGGCAUUCAAAACAGAUCAAGCAAAGGGCACAGAAAUAUCCUGCAUGACAAGGCUACUGAGUGAUGAUUCCCGGCAUGGAAAUGAUUUUGUCGGAACUCCUGCUGCACAAAAUAUUGUGGAACCAGAUCAUUUGCAUAGAUAUCAACCUUGUGGAUUGGCAAAGAAUCCUACCUGGAAACCCAAUAAGCAAACUAAUGACGCCCGCAAAGCUGAGAAACAUGCACGCAAAAAUAUGAAGAUGAGAACCAUAAGCUCUGUUGAUCAGGAGAACAAGAACAGGACAAGAGAUUCUAAUGAUCAUGACCACCACAAACCAAAGACAGGAAAGCACAAAUCACCAAGAGAUGGGGUUGUCCUUUUGGAGAAAAGGCAGGAGAAGCGUUCUUUGGACAAGAACAAGCCCGCUGAACAUGAUAUUAAAAUGCAUAUUGCCGUAGUUCCUAGUGGUAUGGAUUGUGUUGGCGCCUUUCAGCAGCAGCGCUUUAAAAGCAGGUGUGAUCCUGAAGAGUCAUUGGAAAGCUUAAGCAACCAUUCAAACUGUGAGAGUGGCUCGGUAUCAUCGCUGGUGUUUGAGAAGCCACUGCAGGCAUUGCCGCCCGGAAAGAAUCUGCUGGGUUAUGAAAUAUGUCAUGCAGCGAAGCCAAUCAAGACACUGCAUUUGAAUCCUGCCCUGUAUGAUGUGGAGUUGAGCGUGUUGGGGAGCAGCAACACGGGGCGCCGUGUGCCCCUUGUUUCUCUAAUGAGUAGGUGGAAUUGUAAAGCCGUCGUGGGGUAUCCUGUCUCCGUGGAGGUCAGCGAUGAUGUGUUUGGCUGUCCUUCUCCUUCAUCAGAGAAAGAUAUCCAGCAGGCUGCUACAAACAGUGUGAAUGGGAUAGUAUUGAAGAAGGAUGAAACUGAGGGUUUGGAACGUGUUGUUGUGCCACCAUCAGCGCAGACAUCCCGGCCAAGAUGCAAAAGCCGCAGCAGGAGGGCAUCAGAGAAAGCAGUGGACAAGUUAUGGCAGCCACAUACCAAAUGGCCAGCAUCCUCGUCGAGAAAGAUGCGGAGGCUUUCCUCUUUUGGUCCAGGCCAGAGAGAUGGGAAGUCAGCGGUGAGGAAAGUGUCCGGGGCAACCGUCGCGUGCAUCCCGCUCCGAGUUGUUUUCAGCAGGAUCAACGAGGCGCUGAGCUUCUCAGUUAAUGAGAAUGCCCUAGCUGGGUGUGGGACUGCUUCCCGGCUGAGGAAUACUUGGUAGCUAGGUUUUGCUGUUUGUUGUUCACCGCUUGCUUUUUUUGUAGCCAUGCCAUAAUAGCAUUGGUAAAUGUUUAGUGUGGCCUAUCACUUGGAGCAUGGUAAUAGGUGAUGAUGUAUCGUCAUCUUGGUUGUGAGCCACAUCACACUUCACUCACAGUAGAGGCAGUAGAAGGAAGAACUGUGCUGAUGCACCCCUCUUUAUUAAAAAAAAGAACAUUUGAUGGGUCUGUGGAGCACAUGGUCUGAUGGUGGAAGCAAAUAAAUUAGCGUAGGAUGAUGGUUACUUGCUGGGAGUCUGUUUUGGUAUUAGUGAUGCAUCGCUGCUGUAAUGUAACUUCCUGUGUUGCCAUCCUAAGCUAAUUGUAAUCGGAAGUGUCAGCUUCUGCUUGCCUUUUUUUUUUUU